UCCAAGAAUGGCGACCACCUUUCACUGUUCUCUUCGGCUAAGCCUGUGCAGCGGCAGAAGGCGGCCCUCUUCCAUCUCCAUCAGCGCUACUCGUCUCUCCCAUAAGAUCAUAUCGACUGCAAAGCCAUAUUUCAAGGAGCUUCAGCAACAGUUUGCUUUAAGGACCGGGGCUGUUAACAGUAUCUCCAAGAGGUUACUGGGUGCGUUUGUGGAGUCCACUUUCACACUCAGUCAUCAGCCUUUACGUCCCACCGAGGGUAAUUUUGCUCCAGUCAAAGAGAUCGGCGAGAUACAGGAGAUAUUAGAUAUUGCAGGAAACAUCCCAGCUGAUUUUCCAGAGGGUGUUUAUAUAAGAAAUGGUUCGAACCCCCUCUUUGGAGCCCUCCAUUCAUCGAAGUCCAUCUUUGGCAAGUCCCAUGACAUUUGGGUCGAAGGAGAAGGCAUGCUCCACGGCUUGUACUUCACCAAGAGCAGCGACAACACAUGGACAAUCUCCUACACCAACCGCUACGUGCAGUCCGAUACAUAUAGGCUUGAGAAAGAACUGAAGAAACCAUGCUUUAUCCCUUCCACUGACGGUGACCUUCCCGCAGUGCUUAUCGCUGCUGCCCUCAAUAUUCUAAUGUACGGAAAGGCUUUCAAGAACAUUAGCAACACCAGCGUGUUUGAGCAUGCUGGGAGAGUCUUCUCAGCCGCAGAAAAUGACAAUCCCCACGAGAUUGAUUUGUAUAGUCUUGGCACACUAGGUAGCUGGAAUGUUGAUGGAGAAUGGAAGAUGCCAUUCACUGCCCACCCAAAGGUCAUCCCUGGAACAGGAGAGUUGGUCAUCUUCGGGUUCAACUUGGACAGACCUUUCCUAACAGUUGGAAUUGUCUCAGCCGAUGGGAAGAAACUAAAGCGGAAGGUUGAUAUCGAGCUAGAUAGAUGCACAUAUUGUCAUGAACUAGGAGUUACUGCGACGUACAACAUUAUCUUAGAUACUCCACUUACACUCAGCAAAGGAAGGAUGCUGAGAGGUGCUCCGCUGAUUGAAUUUGAAAAGGACAGCUAUGCGAGAAUAGGGGUCAUGCCCCAUUAUGGCGAUGCAAGCUCGAUAAUAUGGUUUUACGUACAGCCAUUCUGCACGAUACAUCUUGUCAACUGCUUUGAGGAAGAUGAUGAGGUCAUUGUACGGGGAUUUCAUGUGCCAUCUUCUAUCAUUAUGGGCCCAAGGCUCAUCGAUAUGACGAAAGAAACAAGCAAGGAAUAUUCUCGCUUGUAUGAGUGGAGAUUGAACUUGAAAACAAGGAAAGUUACAGGCAAAUACUUAACUGGCAUGGAGGUUGCUCUAGAAUUCCCUGUUAUUAACAACAAGUAUGUUGGAUUGUGCCACAAGUAUGCAUAUGCACAAGUGGCAGAUUCUCCAGCAAGCUUUGCGGGUGGUCCUGGAAUAGUACGACCAAAGUUCGGAGGUUUCGCAAAAAUUCUCCUUGAUGAAAAAGAGGAUGUAACCACCAAGGACACAGGCAGAGAGGGUCUAAUAAAGGUCGAGUAUCAUCACCUAGACAGAAACCAGUUCUGCACAGGAGCAACUUUUGUGCCAAAGGUCAGUGGUGCAAACGAAGAUGAUGGCUGGAUCGUUUCGUUUGUGCAUGAUGAGGGGACACAUAAAUCAGAAGUGCAUCUCAUCGACACUCGAAGAUUUGGAUGUGGGCCUAUUGCCAAGAUAACAUUGCCGCAAAGAGUACCCUAUGGUUUUCAUGGAGCAUUUGUCUCAAAAAGCACAUGACAAAGGAGAAUUUUUCACUACAAGGCUAUAAGACCUGCAUUUACCACUAGAUGUAGUAGUACAUACUCAUUUUAUCAUUCAUAAGUCUUAAAGCUUGUUGAGACUGUGACCCUAUAGCAAAUAUGUAACUUCGAUCCUAUGAUUUUCAUAGAGCACUUGUCUCACGAAGAACAUAGCAAAGGAUAGAUUCUUCCUACAAGCCCUGCAUUCGCCACAAAAAAGGAGCUACUUCCUAUGCUUAAAGUUUACUGGAGAUGCACAUGGUUGUGUUAUUAACAGCUUUGUCAAUUAACAUUUAA